AUGAGCAAAAGCUCGACACGGACUACAGGCCAGAAACGAAAGCACGAAGAAAUGUCUUCUACACCGACUCCAGUACCCGCAAAUGGACAGGCAGCAUGGAAUGGUCCCACUGGUGGUCACUUUGACCCAUCUGCUUAUCAGAAUAGCUACUACAUGGGCCAGGCUGGCUUCAACCCGGUUGCAUACUCCAUGCAAGCACAAGCGCAUGCUCAUGCACAACAACAAGCACACGCCCAAGCAACGAAUCUAGCAGCAUCCCAUCCUGGUGCAGGUCCCUCGGGUUCUCGAAGUGACGCGGGCGGUAUGGAUCGAACGAGCGUCAAUCAGCUCAAAGACGCGAUGAGCGUCGGUGGUGUCUCUCUCAGAGCAGAGGAGCAGUUUGCUCAGCGAAAAGGGGCGAUACCGAGUUCAUAUUCAGGCGCAGACCGUACAAGAAAACAAGACUUCUUUCCCGAGAGCUACCUUGCCGAUGUCCUUCGUUCGGUUGCGGCACAUCACGGACUACGAGGGUUCAAAAGCGGAGUAUUAGAGCUUACUGGACUUGCCGUGGAGCAAAGGAUGCGAGAACUCAUCGAGAAAGCAAACGCCGCCAGCAAGCAUCGAUGGGAUACACAGACUGACGUUCUCUCUGCCGUCAAUGCGAGCCGCACCGGAGAAAAUACAGAUGACCAGCCUCGGACUUCACUCUAUGCGGAUGGUAAAACACCCGUAUUCGACCGAAAUCUACGAAAAGACGUGGGCAAGCAACUGCUCAUGAUUGAGAAACUAGAAAAGGAAGAGGAGAUGCGAAUUCGGAGAGAGAGAAAAGAAAAGCAGGAGCAGGCGCGACAGAGUGCCGCCAGGAAUGAUACGGGCUCUGGUGAUGAGGACGACGACGGGCCUCCAAAGAAAAAGAAGAAGAAAGCAGAAGGUCCUGGGGUCCAAGCAAAGAACAUGUCAGAGGAGACGAAGAAAAAGCUCAGUAAUACCGUCGCAAAUGCCGCGGCAGGGUUUGGCAAUCGCUACGCUUGGAUGAACGCAGCAAGUACGCCGGUCCCACGACGACCGGCUGCUGGUGGUGGAUCAACUGCCAAAGCGUCAGCGAGUGGCUGGAGUAGCUCGAGUUGGGGAGCAGCCCGGGGCAAGAACACACGUGGGAAGGGUGGCCGCAGCGACAAGGAGAGGUCGCUUGGAUUACGAGAUGUCCUUUUUGCUGUUGAGCGAGAACGUGGACAUGGAGGAGGGAGAGGAGCGGCGCGGGGCUGGAGUUGA